GUUGAAAAGUCUCCGAGGAUGGGGGGUAUUGAUUGUCACAUAUAAAUCAAUCAGGUAUUAUAUUGGUAGACGACUUGCGUGUUUUGAAGAGCAAGUGUAAUCCAACUCUGCAACCCCAAUGAGCAAUUGAUCGACCAUAAUUAAUUCAACCAGAUCCACCAAGUCCAAUCAACCCCCACGUUCAAGUAGACAUGGUUAAGGUUGCCGUGGCUGGAGGCUCAGGGCAGGUUGCUCGCGAGGUUAUCGACGUUCUCGUGGCAACAAAGAAGCACGAGAUCAUCAUCCUGUCUCGAAAGGAGCCAAAUCCCGAGGAGGUCGAUGAAGGGACGACCUGGGCAAAGGUGGACUACUCGGACAAGGACAGCUUGGUACAGGCUCUGCAGGGAGUCGACGUCGUCCUCUCCUUCAUCGUCGCCCAUCUGGACCCGGGAGGCAUAGCUCAGAAGUCCCUCAUCGAUGCGGCAAUCGAUGCGGGCGUGAAGCGCUUUGCGCCGAGCGAGUGGGCAUCGUCUGACCUCUCUGCCACCCCUUGGUAUGCCGGGAAGAUCGAUGUUCGAGAGUAUCUGAAGGAAGUGAAUAGGGAGAAGAAGGUCCUUGAGUACACCCUUUUUCAGCCGGGGCUGUUCUUGAACUAUCUCGCCUCACCCCACCAAACGACCAGGCACAUUGUCCCGCUCGGCAUCCAGUACGACUUUGCGAACCGUCGAGCGAUCGUGGUGGACGGCGCCGACGAUGACAGCCUCACCCUGACCACGGCGCAGGACCUCGGCGGUGUCGUGGCCCGGGCGAUCGAGUUCGAUGGCGAGUGGCCCGUCGUCGGGGGUAUUAAUGGCAACACUGUCAACUCGGCUCAGAUCCUCGCCCUGGGAGAGGAGAUCAGAGGCAAGCCCUUUGACGUCGAGAAGCUGAACUUGGAGGACCUCAAAGCAGGCGAGCCCAAGUCGACCUGGAUUCCCGAGCUGAAGCACCCGUCUCUAUCGGAAGAUCAGGUCGCCCAGUUCUCCAAGGCUGUCAUUGCGGCAAGCCUCGUGGGUCAGGCCCAGGGCGCAUGGGUUGUUUCGGACGAGUGGAAUAAGCUCUUGCCGGACUACCAGUUCACCGGGAUCAAGGAGUUCCUCUCGGACGUCUGGACGGGGAAACCAUAGGCGCGAUGCUGCAGAAGAUGGGAGACGCAAAAUCGUUUUCUCGAUGGUUGAAGUACAAUUGCCAUUCAUUAGCGCUAAUUAAUUUGUUAUCAGUCAAGCGUUGGACAAGGCCAAUAACAGUAAGAUACAGAGCCGUGACCAGUGAA